GCAGAGUUUCAAUAUGGCUACAAGUAGCUAUGGAGCACUAGCUGGACGUUGAUACCUAGCCAUGUGUAGAUCAAAUAUCUGGUCUAGACCUCUUGAUACUGCAGGUGGUUUCUGGCCCAGCGAACUUCCCCACAAUGCAACGACAUCUUGAACCCCAUUCACAUCAGUCUACUUGUGGAGCACUUGAAUCGUCCAUAGUCUAUACUAUCCAAGCUAUGUUGCAACCUUCGCAAAAGGCAGAUCCGGCUGUUGCAGCGCUCACCGCCAAGCUUGGUGGUGCAGCAUCCAAUGCCAUGCUCAUGUUACUUCUCUACACCUAGGUGGAAACGUGCUCUGAGGAUGACGCUACAGAGCAGGGGGUUCGGUCAGUCAGCGUUAAGACAAGGAGACUCGCGCUGGACGGCAGCGCCUCCUUGCACGCACGGUAGAACAGGCACCUGUCCGCUGUAUUCGUGCAAAAUUGGCGGGUGAAAAUUUUUUUCGCCCUGUUUUUGAGACCGA